GGAGAAGGAGAAGGAGGAGACUCCAUCCCAGCAGGCAGCAGAAAGGGGCACGAGGACGUGAGGUGUGUGGGACAGACCCCCGUCCUCCCGGCUCCCUCCCGCCGACGCGGUGGCUGCAGGCGAGGCCGCCGUGCACGAGCCCCGGGGGAGAUGAUGGCGGUGCGGCUGGCGAUGGGUGCGUGGCUGCUGCUGCUGCUGCUGCUGGCGGCGGCCCCGGUGCGCUCGGCAGCACCCCGGCACGCCGCGGUGCUGCCCGACGGCGGGGGCAGCGGGGACGGUGAGGAGGUCUCGGCCGCGCCGCCUGUCCGCCGCGUGACGCCGGGGACCGGCCCGACGGUGGGGGACGCGGCGGGGACCACAGUCACCAACAGCUCGGCGCCGGGCGGCAUGCUGGACGGGCUGGUGGACUUCUUCAAGGAGUACAUGCUGCUGGUGGUGGUGGUGGGCUCGCUGGCCUUCGUCCUCCUCUUCAUCAUCUGCGCCGCCGUCAUCGUCCGGCAGAAGCACAAGGCGUCCGCCUACUACCCCUCCUCCUUCCCCAAGAAGAAGUACGUGGACCAGCGGGACAAGGCAGGGGGGGCCCGGGCUUUCAGCGAGGUGCCCGAGAAAGCCCCCGACCCCGGUGCCGAGGAACCCCUCGACUGCAGCCGGCAGCUGCAGGCAGACAUCCUCGCUGCUGCCCAGAACCUCAAAUCCCCCCCCAAGGCGCCGCUGGCCAACGGGGCCCGGGGGGAGCAGAAACCCCCCCUGAGGAGGAGGAGGAGGAAGAAGGAAGCAAAAAGUCGGGAGAUGAGCAACCUGCCGAGCCCCCUCCCCAAAAUCCAGGCGCCGAGGAAGCGGUGGGUGCAACAGGAGUGGGGGGCGAGGGGACCCCUGACGUGCCUCAGGAUGGCCCCCCGGCCCCCCCCGGCAUCUAGGGCAGGGACCCGGUCCCGGGCGAGCCCGAGGAGCCGCCGGCUCAGGGGACGCCCCGCAGACAUGCGAUGGACGUGGUGGUUUGGUGCUCCAUACAUAUGUGGCGCCUUAAGGAAGCCCCAAUGAAGCCCCCCGCUCCCCCCCGACUCCCCCCCCCCCGGGGCUCACCAACCCUCGUGGGACACUGUGGCAAAGCCAUGGGGUUUUUUGGCAGAUGGCGUUUUUCCACAGUGCUGGAGUGCCGUCAGCCCCAUCGCUCCUGCUGCCCAAGGGGCUUUUCCCACCCCCGGGCACUGGGUGGGUGCAUCCCCCCCCUCCCCAGCUCCGGCUCUGCCCCCUCCCGGUGCUGUGCCGGGCAGCCCUCAGCCUCCGCCACGCACCGCCAGCUUUCUCCCAAAAGUUAUUUUACUAAUUAGCGGCAUCGUGGUCCGUGCCGGGUGCCUGGCCGGGAGCUGCAUCCCUCCGGGCAGAGGCGUGGGACCAUGGCCGGGGGGGUCUGUGCAGCAGCCCCCCCAGACACACUCCCCGGGGAGGGGGGCAGGGGCUCGCCGCGACCUUGGGCACCACAGGCCGGCUUUGCUGAUCACUGUGGCCACCAAGGACGGGAUGACCUUGUCCGUCCUUGCCCAGCUAAAGGGAGAAGGGAAGAGGACUUAGUGGCAAGACCCAUCCUUUUGUUUUUCUGCCCCAAAGCCGUGACCUGAGGGCAGCCCAGAGCCCAGCUGGACUUUGGCCUUCUUUUCUUAACCCCUUCAGCUAGUAAUAAAGACGUUUCCUACGCA